UUAUAGUUAUCCUAGGAACAGUGCUGCACUUAUUCAUUUCACAAAGUACCCGAUGAUAAUGAUGGAAGUCUUGAUAUAACAUUACCAAAUCGGCAACAUUUACGAUGGCAAGAUGACUAAGCGAAGUUUUAAAACUUUUAACUCGUUAUGAAUUUAGAUUUGUUAAUAUUUGUGUCGCAGAAAAUUUCAUAUUAAACAACAAUUUUCAUCUGCUAUAAUUAUGGAUUUCUACUUUCCAAGACGUUUUAUUAUAGUAAUUAUGACAAGUUUAGGAAUGAUUGUUAUACAUGCUAUGAGAGUAAAUAUAGCCGUAACCGCUAUUACUUUUUUGGAUAAGAAACCUCAUACAAAAGUUGGAACUGCCGAAGCCGUUUUCAAUCUCCCAAGUGUUAAUUGGUCGUCCCAAAUGGUUGGAUAUUUGCAUAGUAUAUUCUACACAGGAUAUUUAUUCACACAAAUACCUGGAGGUAUCUUAGCUCAAAUGUUUCCCGCUCACAGGUUUUAUGAAAAUUAUAUUAAAUUUCUAUAUUCAGUUUUGUAUAAUACUCUUAAUAUAUAUAUACGUUUUAUUGUCAACAAGCAUAAAACUGUACAAAAGCAUCCAUCACGGUGGAAUAUAAAAAUGAAUUUAUAGUAUUUUCCUAUUAUUUUAAUUGAUAGAAUUGCUUUAUAUCAAAAAAGGAAGAGUCUAAUUUUAUUUAUUAACUUAUUUUUAGAAUAUUCGGAGGAUGUAUAUUAGUAUCUUGUACUCUAAACUUAUUACUUCCAAUUUGCAUUGAACAAGUUGGCUAUGGAAUGGCAGCAGCAGUUCGCGCUUUACAAGGAUUAAGCGAGGGUUUGCUAUUUCCUAGUUCUUAUGCGAUUAUGCGUCACUGGGUUACACCAGAAGAAAAGAGUAGAAUGGGUUCAGUCGUAUUGACAGGAGUUUACUCUGGAGCAGUUAUAGGCUUACCAAUUUCUGGUUUUAUUACUCAUUAUUUAGGUUGGAACUAUGUGUAUUACUUUCACGGUGGAAUUGGAAUAUUUUGGUUUAUAAUAUGGUUAUUCCUUGGUUUCGAGAAGCCAUCUCACCAUCGAUUUAUUUCACAAGAUGAAAUUAAACAUAUUGAAGCUUCUCAAGGUCAAACCGCCAUUGUGCAUGAAGAUGAUCAAGUACCUUGGAAACAAAUAUUUCUAUCUCUACCAGUAAACGCUCUCAAUCUUUGUAAUUUUGCCAGAAGUUUCAUAUUUUUUCUAUUAUUAACAAACGAGCCAGAAUAUUUAAAUGUUUUCGGUUUUACAAUUGCCGAGAAUGGAUUAUAUUCGGCAAUGCCUCAUCUUUUUAUGGCUAUAUUUUCAGGCUUAAGUGGCCCUAUGGCUGAUUACUUAAUCAAUGGUGGGAUGGUAACACCUACGCAAGUUAGGAAGCUCUUUACUGGAAUAGGUUUUGGAAUGGAGGGGACGUGUAUGCUCUUGCUGGUUUUUAUUAGGGAUGGGACUUUGGCGCUUAUAUAUUUGACUAUUGGAGUCGGAUUUAGCGGCUUUAGCAUUUCCGGUUGGCAAAUAAAUCACCUAGACCUAUCGCCGAGAUACGCUAGUGUACUAGUAGGUAUUACUACAGCGGUAGGAACUGUUGCAGGAAUACUAAAUCCCACUCUAGUUGGUCAAAUGACUAAAGAUCAGGUAAAUUUCUUUAUACCUAACAGGAAAAAAUUACCCUUAAUAGUCUCUGUAAGGGCGUCUUUUUACUUUCUUAUAGUCUGUUGCACUGGCACGACCUCAACUCUCAAUGAAAAGAUAGGCAAUCUAAUUUCUUUAAGAUGCAAUCUAUAUAAUUAAGAAAUAAAUAACACGUUAGUCCUGAGAGUCCGAACAUGUUCACUUUUGUUCCCAUAGACUAUUUAGGUAUAUUUUCUAAGUAGUCGAGAGUGACCAUUAGCCUACAAACACCUUUUAAGUCUUCUUUUAGUACUGAGGGUAAAAAUUAUUUCCAACAGAGAAAGUAAUUUCAUUUCUCGGUUUUGUUGUUUCUUUUUAAAAAAAAUUUCAAUAAAAAAAAACUACUUUUCAAAUUUCUAUUAACAUUUUCAUCCUUGUCGCGAGAGAAUAAAUAAAAUAUAAAAAAAUUGACGUGUCGAAAAUGCAAAAGACGAAAAUUAAGAGAAAAUAAUAUUCUGAUCUAAUGAGUACUAAUGUAAAAUGAGAAUUUAUUAGGAACGUUUGUUCCGUGUAAUUUCUAAUUUUCUUUACAGACAGUAGAACAGUGGCAGAAUGUCUUCCUACUUUCAUCUUGUGUUCUGUUCUUCUGUACCGCAUUUUAUUCAAUUUUCGGCUCCGCUAAACAACAACCCUGGGCUGAACCGGUUCCAAAAGUGCAGGUUCAACUUAAAGGUAAUUUACUAGAUGGUCAACAAUUGUAUCUUCCUGUUAAAAGUCAAAUGGAUCAUGAGACUGAAAAGCAGAAAGAUCAGUAAUCUGUUACCUUUAUCUAUAGUCGUGAAAAGAAAUAAGGUUUAGUCUAAUGAUUAUACUUGAUAUUAAAAUCAAUUUUGCCAUUCUGAUAUUUUGUCUUUUCUAUUUAAUUCUUUUAUAUAAUUUAAGUAAAUAAAUCCCAGAAUAAAUGAGGAUAUCUUGCAAUUAUUUGAGAUAGACGAAGGCCGUAAUUUGUCACGUGUCUGCAAUAUUUCCAUAGCAACUGCUUGCGUGGCGCUCCAGCAUCUUUUUUGCGGCGGCGUACUGCAAAACACUCUACAAAACAAACUGAGAAUGAUGAACGUCGUCCCGCGAAAGGUGAGUAGCGGGAAAGCAGAACUUAUAACUAUUUGAUAGUGUUGAGCAAAUAUUUACCUAUAAAGAAGAAAGGAAAAGUGAACUAAAGCAAAAUAGUAAAUAGAGGAAGAAAGGGAUAUAAACUAUAUUUCCCCAGCAAUAACAAUAACGGCGCUGAAAAAACAAGCGGGUUUGAUGGAAUUGACGACCGCUAAACCACAGUCUUCAGUUUUGCAGUUGACGCCUGGCGUUAUCGCUCUAUGCGUGCUAGCAGCUUUGUGCGCAAUCCUUGGCGCUAUCUACGCUUACAUUUAUUAUACUCGCAUUCGACCGCGUUCCAGUCGUGCUAGGAAAUUUAUGGAGGGUGGAGGCGAAGAUGAUGGAUCAGGCGCUACUCACACUCACUUGUUCCUUUUUAAGAAAUAAACAAACUCUACAUUCCACAAGAUUGAUGGAGAUUGAGAAGAGAACAGAAAUGAAAAAGAUGAAAAGUGUUUUCCUAUUAUGUAUUCGAAAUCGAUUCUAUAAAAUUGUGCGAACACCGACCACGAUGCUAUCAGACCUGAUUAGACCAAGAUAAGAAAAUUUCUUCCAUACGCGUUUUUUUUCAAAUCCUCGAAUUCCGCUUGGUAUUUUACGUUUGAUUAAUCGGAAGCUGUUGUUGAUGUUCAUUGAUAGUCAUUCGGGGAAUUCUCAUUAGGACGUUACCGACAGUUUGUUUUUGUACGGCCUCGCCAUCUGCAGACUACUCUCAAUAUUAAUCUCCUUAAACUGUUUAGAUAUAGUUCGUAAAUUUCCGUUCAACGUUCAUACACAAGUUAUCUCGUGUAUGUAAAUAUAAACAUUCACUAUAAAAAAAAAAACGAUUAAGACUUUUUUUCUCAAAAAUCAAUGAACUUCUGGUGGAAGAAAGCAAAGAGGCGUCUAUCUAUAAUAAAUUGCAAUUCAACGCCUUCCAUUAUGUAAAGUAAAUAAUUGCUGUUGACACUAUACGAAUUCAGAGAUUCAGAGUUACGUUUCGGUGCCUAUCAAACAGGAGGAUUUCCUUAACUAAAUUUUAGCCUGACUUUCAAGUUGAGCAACCAUCCGAUUAGCUUUUCUCUGUUCGCUAUUAAAUCUAGAAACACAAGAGAGAAACUAAAAAGAAAAUUUGAUGCGCAGAUAAAAAUGAGACUAUUAAUUUUUUAUAUAUAUACAGUAUAUGUAUAUAUAUAUAUAAAACGCUGAUUUAUAAACG